UUCAUCUCCAUCCCCAUCUCCAUCUCCUCUUCCAUCCAUUCUUCUUCUCCUUCUUCUCCCUUGACACCCGUUCUUGCUCUGGGAGUUUUGGUCGGGUUACCCUCGAUCUAAUUGUAUUCUAAUAUCCUCUUCUACCUUGUUUCUGUCUUGUUUUUCAUAACAUCCCUUCAAAAUGCAACGCGCUCUCUCUUCCAGGACCUCUGUCCUGUCCGCCGCUGCCAAGCGUGCUUCUUUCCAGAGAUCCCCCGUCAGCCUGCAGCAGCAGCGUUUUGCCCACAAGGAGCUCAAGUUCGGCGUUGAGGCUCGUGCCCAGCUUCUCAAGGGUGUCGACACUCUUGCUAAGGCUGUCACCUCUACUCUUGGUCCCAAGGGUCGCAAUGUCCUGAUCGAGUCCCCCUACGGCUCCCCCAAGAUCACCAAGGACGGUGUUAGCGUUGCCAAGGCCAUUCAGCUCCAGGACAAGUUCGAGAACCUCGGUGCUCGUCUUCUCCAGGAUGUCGCUUCCAAGACCAACGAAAUCGCUGGUGACGGUACCACCACUGCCACCGUCCUUGCCCGUGCCAUCUUCUCCGAGACCGUGAAGAACGUUGCCGCUGGCUGCAACCCCAUGGACCUCCGUCGUGGUAUUCAGGCCGCCGUUGACGCUGUUGUCGACUACCUCCAGCAGAACAAGCGUGACAUCACCACCGGUGAGGAGAUCGCUCAGGUCGCUACCAUCUCCGCCAACGGCGACACCCACGUUGGUAAGCUCAUCUCCACCGCCAUGGAGAGAGUUGGCAAGGAAGGUGUUAUCACCGUCAAGGAGGGUAAGACCCUCGAGGAUGAGCUUGAGGUUACCGAGGGUAUGCGUUUCGACCGUGGAUACACCUCCCCCUACUUCAUCACCGACGCCAAGUCCCAGAAGGUCGAAUUCGAGAAGCCCCUGAUCCUGCUUUCUGAGAAGAAGAUCUCCGCCGUCCAGGACAUCAUCCCCGCCCUUGAGGCCUCCACCACCCUCCGCCGUCCUCUCGUCAUCAUUGCUGAGGACAUUGAGGGUGAGGCUCUCGCCGUCUGCAUCCUGAACAAGCUCCGUGGCCAGCUCCAGGUUGCCGCUGUCAAGGCCCCUGGCUUCGGUGACAACCGCAAGAGCAUCCUUGGUGAUCUUGCCGUUCUCACCAACGGUACCGUCUUCAGCGACGAGCUUGACAUCAAGCUCGAGAAGCUGACCCCCGACAUGCUCGGUUCCACCGGUGCCAUCACCAUCACCAAGGAGGACACCAUCAUCCUCAACGGUGAGGGCAGCAAGGACAGCAUCUCUCAGCGCUGCGAGCAGAUCCGUGGUGUCAUGGCUGACCCCACCACCUCCGAGUACGAGAAGGAGAAGCUCCAGGAGCGUCUCGCUAAGCUCUCUGGCGGUGUCGCCGUCAUCAAGGUCGGUGGUGCCUCCGAGGUUGAGGUCGGUGAGAAGAAGGACCGUGUUGUCGACGCUCUCAACGCCACUCGCGCUGCUGUUGAGGAGGGUAUCCUCCCCGGUGGUGGUACUGCCCUCCUGAAGGCCUCCGCCAACGGUCUUGCCAACGUCCAGACCGCCAACUUCGACCAGCAGCUCGGUGUCAGCAUCAUCAAGAGCGCCAUCACCCGCCCCGCCCGUACCAUCGUCGAGAACGCUGGUCUCGAGGGCAGCGUCAUCGUUGGCAAGCUCACCGAUGACUUCGCCAAGGACUUCAACCGUGGUUUCGACAGCUCCAAGGGCGAGUACGUCGACAUGAUCUCCAGCGGUAUCGUCGACCCCCUCAAGGUUGUCCGCACCUCCCUGGUUGACGCUAGCGGUGUUGCCUCCCUCCUCGGUACCACCGAGGUCGCCAUCGUUGAUGCCCCUGAGGAGAAGGGCCCUGCUCCUGCCGGUGGCAUGGGUGGCAUGGGUGGUAUGGGCGGCAUGGGCGGUGGCAUGUUCUAAGCUAGCCCCCGUUCUCGUGUAGCCUUACCCGUUCCUUGUUUCUAAAGAGGUUUCCCUUCCAGCGUGUUGUUGCAUAGUACGGGCAUUGUCCUGAUCCUGAUAUGUUCUUUAUUUCUUGUUCUUGGUUUUCGAUUAUCUCCUUUGUCUCUAAUGUGUUAUACGUCUUUGGUCACCUAACCACAUCCUCUUUUACCCGACUUAUCCUACUUUCACCUCUUAUAUCCUCUCCUCCCUUAUCAUCUCCACUCCGUUAUAUUGGGCACAAAAAGUCUCAGGGAGUCCUGUGUAUCAUACCAUGUACUUUAUGUGCUCCACGGCCGUUCACUCUGCCGUGGUGUUUAGCAAUUCCAUUUAUUAAUUGUUC